AUGUCUCAGUGCAAGAGCAAGGCAGACUGGAAACACAAGUUGGAGGAGGCCGGCCUGAUGGUUCCCAAGGAUGCGACCCUCCAACACAUGAAGAUGAUUUGGGCCGAAGCUCAACAAGAACUCAAAGCCAAGAACUUAGAGGGCACCUUGGGGUCCGAGAUCAAGGCACUCCGUGCUGCGGGCCGCAAGAAGUCAGUUCUGUUGGACUUCAUGAAAGACAAGGGCAUGGUGACCAAUCCCAAUUCGGCCAUUGCUUUGCUUCUGGCGCCGGGGGAGAAGAAGGAGAUUUACAAUCAGCACGAACCCCCACGGGAAGUUCCAUCGCUGGGCAACUCAGAUGCGCUCCAAGCAGAAGAUCACGACAGCUCCACCGGCAGCUUCAGUGUGUUGUCGGAAGGGGAGGAAAUCACACCCGCUGCUCAGGAGAUCAUGGAAGCCUGGAAGCAAAUCCAGGAAAAGCGCGAUCAGCUGGAAGCCCAAGCGCAGGAACUGCAGCAGCAGAAGUGCGACCUCGAUCACGAGAUCCUCGCCAACACGAAGGAUCGCAAGACCCGCCGCGAGAUGUCUCUCAACGUACAGGUCCAUUGGGAACUGGCGGAACGAUGCGAGGCCUGGAAACUGGCCGAGAUUGAAGAGUUCCUGCUUCGACAUGCACUCAAAAAGAUCACAUGUCGUGGGAUCGUGAACCUUCUCAACAAAGAGGUGGAAGCUGCACUACCGGCUGAAGAGCCAGAAGAUGCAGACAUGCCGGAGGAGGAUGUGAAGAUGGAGGACGUGGCCAUGCUACCCGAGAAUGAAGAGGCCAAGUACCAUGUUUUGCUGGUGGUAGAUGAGGGCUCACGGUUUCAGAUUGCCAAGGUCAUCAGUUCUGGCGAAGGAAAUCAGGCAACAUGGGAGGACAUGAAGAAGGUAUUAGAAGAGAACUGGUUUUCUAUUUUUGGAGUCCCAAAGGUCAUGAAGGUAGAUCCAGCUGGCCCGUGGAUGUCUCAGGCAGCCACUGACUCGGCAGAGGAGAACCGGAAAGGUGUAGAGAUUGAGUGGGAGUUACCAUCAUCAAGGAGAGGCAUCAAAAAGUUUAUCAACAACCCGGAAGCCUAUGUUUGUACUCAACUCAAGCGAAAACAAGUAGAAGUUCGAGAAAAACAACUUACUCCGUCAGAGGCUCUUGAGUUUCACAAGGCAAAGGAAACGGAGCUGAAGAAUUUCAUUGCUUCAGGAUGUUUUGAGUUGGCCAAGGAUGUAGUUCCUGAUGAGCAUCGUAUUGUGGGUAUGAGGUGGCUUUUAACAUGGAAACAUGGCGAGUCUUACGAGGGAGGCAAGAAGGCCAAAGCACGUGGUAUUAUUUUGGGCUACCAAGAUCCAGAAUAUGAAAACAGGAAAACAUCCGCCCCGACACCCAGCCGCUCAGGUAGACAGCUGUUCUGGCAACUUUGCAGCUGGAAGCGCUUUCGGCUGAAGAAGGGCGACAUAUCGGGGGCCUUCCUUCAAGGCGAUGACAUGGAGGAGGAAUUGUGGUGUCGUCCCGUGAAGGAGAUCACCGAUGCGUUAGGACUCCCAGAACACACUCCAAUGUUGAUGCGUAAAGCUGCUUAUGGACUCGUUCAAGCACCCCUCCAAUGGUUUUAUACUAUCAACAACUUCCUGGGCAACUUGGGUUACAAACAACUUCAAACUGAACCAUGCUGCUGGGUUUGGGUGGACACAGAAGGACAGUUGAGAUCCAUUGUCCACUCACAUGUCGACGAUCUGAUGUUUGGAGGCAGAGGAUGA